AUGGCCGAGGGCAGCGCGGUGUGCGACCCUCAGCACGCCGCGCGCCUGCUGCGAGCGCUCAGCUCUUUCCGCGAGGAGUCCCGCUUCUGCGACGCGCACCUGGUCCUCGACGGGGAGGAGAUCCCGGUGCAGAAGAACAUCCUCGCGGCCGCAAGCCCGUACAUCAGGACAAAGUUAAACUAUAAUCCUCCGAAAGAUGACGGAUCAACCUAUAAGAUCGAACUUGAAGGGAUAUCGGUGAUGGUCAUGAGAGAGAUCCUGGACUACAUCUUCAGUGGACAGAUUCGCCUAAAUGAAGAUACCAUCCAAGAUGUUGUGCAGGCAGCGGACCUGCUCCUGCUGACAGAUCUGAAAACUCUGUGCUGCGAGUUUCUAGAAGGCUGCAUUGCUGCUGAGAACUGCAUCGGGAUCCGCGACUUCGCACUCCACUACUGCCUGCACCAUGUGCAUUACCUUGCCACAGAGUACCUGGAGACCCACUUCCGAGACGUCAGCAGCACGGAAGAAUUCCUAGAGCUGAGUCCUCAGAAGCUUAAGGAAGUGAUUUCUCUUGAGAAGUUAAAUGUUGGCAAUGAAAGAUAUGUAUUUGAGGCAGUAAUUCGAUGGAUAGCACAUGAUACAGAAAUGAGAAAGGUCCACAUGAAGGAUGUUAUGUCAGCACUGUGGGUUUCAGGGUUAGACUCCAGCUACUUACGGGAACAGAUGCUGAAUGAACCAUUAGUACGAGAAAUUGUCAAAGAGUGCAGCAACAUACCACUGAGCCAGCCACAGCAAGGAGAGGCAAUGCUAGCCAAUUUCAAACCCCGGGGGUACUCUGAAUGCAUUGUGACUGUUGGUGGAGAAGAAAGAGUUUCACGGAAACCAACAGCAGCAAUGCGCUGUAUGUGCCCUCUUUAUGACCCUAAUAGGCAGCUUUGGAUUGAACUAGCCCCUUUAAGCAUGCCAAGAAUUAACCAUGGAGUGCUCUCAGCAGAAGGAUUUUUGUUUGUAUUUGGGGGCCAAGAUGAAAAUAAGCAGACCCUGAGCUCCGGAGAAAAGUAUGACCCCGAUGCGAAUUCAUGGACUGCAUUGCCACCAAUGAACGAGGCAAGACAUAAUUUUGGAAUUGUGGAGAUAGAUGGAAUGCUGUACAUUUUAGGAGGAGAGGAUGGUGAUAAAGAGCUAAUUUCCAUGGAGUGUUAUGAUAUUUAUUCUAAAACCUGGACAAAGCAACCUGAUUUGACCAUGGUUAGAAAGAUUGGCUGCUAUGCAGCUAUGAAAAAGAAAAUCUAUGCCAUGGGUGGAGGGUCAUAUGGAAAACUUUUUGAAUCUGUGGAAUGUUAUGACCCAAGGACCCAGCAAUGGACUGCUAUAUGUCCGCUGAAAGAGAGAAGAUUUGGAGCAGUUGCCUGUGGAGUUGCCAUGGAACUGUAUGUAUUUGGGGGAGUCAGAAGUCGCGAGGACAUCCAGGGUAGCGAGAUGGUAACUUGCAAGUCUGAAUUCUACCAUGAUGAAUUUAAAAGGUGGAUCUAUCUUAAUGACCAGAAUUUAUGCAUCCCCGCCAGUUCCUCUUUUGUUUAUGGAGCUGUACCCAUAGGAGCCAGUAUUUAUGUUAUUGGAGAUCUUGACACAGGUACCAAUUACGACUACGUGCGUGAGUUUAAAAGGAGCACAGGAACCUGGCAUCACACUAAACCACUCCUUCCAUCCGACCUCCGCCGCACUGGGUGUGCAGCCUUACGUAUUGCAAAUUGCAAGCUUUUCCGCCUGCAGCUUCAGCAAGGCUUAUUCCGUAUCCGUGUUCAUUCACCUUGAAGAGGAAGUAGGACAAGCCGAGCUCCUGACCAAGUGCACCAUAACGUAGCUUUAUGUGAGGGGACAGAGAUGGCAGCCAAAACUUGCUCUGCGUGCCGGGCUUUGUAUGGUAACUGGUGGUUUUAUAAUGCUUAGACGCUUGAGCUUCAUCUCUUGUUUGGGAGAACAUGUAACUUGAAAAAACUACCUGGAGGAUGUGUCUCCAGUUAGAUGUGUCUGUAGACAAAUGGAGGCUAGUCGGUGUCAAAAGGAAGAGGGAAGUGAGAAGCUGUAUAAUGUAAAAUACUGAAGUGAAAAUACUGAGGUGCAUUUUCCCUGAAGGGAACUCGUAUCUGACUGCUAUGUACCUGGCUUUGGUAAACAAACAAACAAAAAUCCGUAUAUGCAAAUCAACAUAUCCAGACAUACCAAGACUGUUCUUCUACUGCACUUGGCAGGAAAUAUGCCUAACCCUGUCCAACCAAUUAAGGAUUGUGCCUAAAAUGUUAGAUUGGACUGUUUGCCAGCUAGUCUCCAUUUACUACUAGUAUUCUGUGCUAAGAAUCUUUUUAAAACUAUAUUAUGAUGAAUUGAAACUAAGAUAAAAUUUCUCUUUGGUGACAUUCUAUCUUAGUAACAUAAAGACUCGAUAAGUUAAUGAGUCAGGUUGCAGCCCUCAUGUGAAUUUAAGGGAAGUUGCUAACUUCUAUUUAAUUUAGAUUAAGGUACGCCAUGCCAUAAUUUCUGGGGUAGUACUCUCGGAGUUGUGAAGGAUCUCAGCAGUGCCACUUUUUCUUCUCAGUUAAUCAGAACCAUUUUAUAAAUAUGAGGAUAUUAGAGAGUAGGAGAUUUUAUCAAAGAAAGACCUGAGUCAGACAAAUAAUAAAGGUCAGCUAUGUCUUUAAAAAAAACAACAACACACGCACACAAAAAAAUCUGUCCAGGCAAAAUAUAAAGGGAUCAAAACUUUUUUUAAAAAUCUGUCUGAAAGCACACAAAGUCUUGUUUACUACUGUUUAGGAUUUGAAAACUUGUCUUAGAGUGUGAACAUGUGUUCAGAAUCUAGUCUUUGUAGGAGAAUUUUCUCAAUGCCGUUCACUAGUAAGAGUUUUCAACAAAUUACGAUCAAGUUUGGCUGGUAGAAUAAACUACCUCAAUUUCAUUUCAUUCUCUUCAUAGUAGAGCAGAUUAAUCUUUUUCUCCUUUCCUAUCUCUCAAUCCCAUGCCCCUUUGCCCCACUUCCUUUGCGGGGCAAAGUCUCUCAUUAAUAGCAUUUAUCUUUUAAGAUAUUUUGUUUCCCAUUCAGAUUAUACCACCUUAGUGUGAAAUCGGGAAC